AUGACAAAACGGCGACAGAAGCUCUUGGAGGAUCGUCAAACUAUCCUUGGUCGUCGGAGACUUUACGCUGACGAAAACUCAUUGCCGAUCUCAACUGAUCUCAUCUACGAGAUAUUCUUGGGACUGUCGCCUAAAUGCAUAGGGAAAUGCCGUUGCGUAUCGAAGCUAUGGUCUUCUAUAGUUGACCGUCAAGAGUUCACGGAUCUGUUUCUGGAACAAUCUUCUACUCGUCCUCAGUUCUUGUUCGCAUGUGAAAUUGGCUGCAAGGUAUACUUCUUCUCCUCGGCUCAGCCUCAAAAUCCGGAAGAGUACACGCCUCCUAUAACCGCCAGCUAUCAUAUGAGUUUACACUUGAAUCAUGCGUAUCAGAUUCAUAGUCCUAUACGUGGUUUGGUCUGUACGGGAGAUUUCAGUGGAGGCUUAAACGGAAGGAAAAGACCAGCGAUGGUACGUGUGAUAUGUAACCCUAGAACAAGACAAUCCUUCACUUUACCGAGGAUGAAUACAAGGAACGGGUGUGAGGUAAGAAGCUUUUUUGGGUAUGAUCCCGUUGAGAAGCAAUUCAAGGUCUUGUCAAUGACAUUGUUACAUGGCAAAGAUGACGCCAUGCACCAAGUUCUGACGCUAGAAACUGGGAAACUUUCAUGGAGAAGGAUCGAAUGUGACGUACCUCAUUGUCCUUUUUGUAUUACAAAGCUAUCAGAGAAGUUGAAAUCCAAGGAAUGGAAGAGUUUCUGA